AACUGUCUUAUGACGUCAUGUACUCCGUGCUCGCUCUGUCCGAAUCCGAACAAUGCCGAACAAGCCCUUGAUCGCAUGACAGUGAUGACAUUUACGAAAUGAUACAAUUUGCAGAUGUUAGGUUAGAAUGAACGCAAUUUUGUUUGCAAUUUAAAAGAAUAUAAAUAACAGUUAUCUUAUCAAAACUAUUAUCUUUUAACAAUUAUGUCUAAAUCUAAUGGCGACAUGUUAAGUUCUGAUAGUAGCGAUGACGAAUAUAAUCCUAGUAGUUCUAGAGAACAUCGCACGGCACGAAAAUCAGUUUCCCAGCCUUCUCAAACUUAUAUUACGAGAAGACAAGCCGCAAGAAAUGCUAAUAAACUUUUAAAAGCGACAUCUGACCGUUUUAUGGCCAAUUUUAAUCCAGAAACUAGUAUUAGAGAGAAAAGGAAGCUAAAUAGAAAAAUCAAUCCACCAAGUAAUGUUCGCAGACCUGCAGGAGCGAUAUACGAUGAAAAUGGUAUUCAUAUUAGCACGAGUGUAGAUCUGUGUGACUGUCUCAAUGAAGAGUGUGUAGGAUGCUUUUUUGAGUGUCCAAAAUGUGCCUCUCAAAAAUGUGGCACAGACUGCAGAGUUCAUAGAAAAUAUGUGGUAGAACAAAUAGAAUAUCAUGGUUACGACCAUAUUAUUAAAAAUCCUCUAAUCAAGUACUGAUCUCAGAUUCUAAUUAAUGCAUCAUUACGUUUUAUAUUUGACCUUUAUUUUUAAAUCAAAUAUUAGAAAUGUACAUAUUUGAUAAUGGGUUUUUAUAUAUUGGCUAAUUAAUUUGGUCAAAUAGCUUUAGCUACUGUAAAUAAGUUUCUAUCAGAUUGUCAGUAUUAUAUAAUGUAUGAGUGCUCUAUUAACCCUCCACAAUCUGUGCAUCUAUUUAAAAUGUUACCUGCAUUUGUAAAUAAAGGGUAUUUAUUCUAUUAAUAACUAAAAUUUUACAAAAUCUAUAGUUUUAUGAAUGUUAAUACUGUUUUAAUAAACAAUUGAAGACCUUUUUAAAAAAAACAUGUCCAAAAUCAGAUUUUUUUCAGAAAAAACAAAAAACCAGUCUCAUAAGACUGUAGAAAUGCUCUAUAUUUGACAGUAAAUAUCUCUAUAACUCAAUUUGGACAUUUUUGAACAUGUGUUGUUUUUGAAAGAAAACCUUCAAUUGUGUUCACCACAAAUGGGUGAAAAAGAGUUUACUUGACUGCAUUUUUAAGAUUUUUUUAUUUUCUGACAAAAUGCACAUUUGGUAGUUUUACUUGGUCCUGGAAUUACUAUUGUUUCUAUUAUCUAUUUAAUAUUUUGAUCAUUAUAAAAGCCAAUCAACACAAAACAUGUAACCUGAUAUACACAAACAGUAUUUACUUAUAGGCGCAAGUGGG